CAAUCAUAAAGAACUGGCUGUCUUCCAAAUGCCCUCCAGCCCCAGAGCCACACAGGACCCCUGAAAGAUCGGGUAUGACUCCAGUCUGUGCCCUCAAAGGCCCCACUGUCAUGUGCUAGUGGGCCCCCGAGGCCAGGGUCAGUCCUUGUGAAGGCCACAGUCCUCAGGAGCUAUUCUCAUGGCUGCCCAGGUAACAAGGGUACAAGCCAUCAGCUUAAGGCAAGUGAGGAACUUGCCUUCUAAAUCAGAAGAAAACCAUGUGUCCCUAGGACUCCAAAUGUAUGAAUAAUUGAAUGAAUAAUUUACAACCAGGAGUCCUUUGAAGCAAUUGUUUCCUAGGGGAUAAAAGUAAAAAGGUAACCAAAGGUUAAGUAUAUAGGGAGAAAAGGACUUGUUAACCUCUGACCUCUGAAAUCAGAAUUGAACACUAAGAAAAAUAAAACCAAAAACCUCCAAUAAUGAAAUUGUUUCACAAAGCAAGGCCUUCCAGUGAUAACCAGAAGUCUGUAAGGCAGAGAGGCUUGCCAUAGGCAGACCCUGUACACAGUCACUUCAGCGCAGAAGAGGCCAUUCUUUGUACCCUGUAACUCCAGCAGCAGCCUCAGAGGCAGAGAAAACGUGAGAAAGUGCAAGUCAGACAGACAGGGGUCCCUCGUGACCUCAGUGUCAUGCAUACACACACACAGCAACACUGUGAUUGUUCUGAGCAAUCAGGAGGGAAACACCAACUACUUAAGAAAUAGCAGAAGUGUCAAGUCUGGGAAUGUACCUCAGGAGUGCAGCACUUACCUAGUAUGUGCUAGGUCCUAGGUUCCAUCCCUAGCGCUACCAAAUAAAGUAACAGAAGAUUACACUAGAAUCCACUUAAGACUUGUCAAGGAAGGACUUCCCAGAGCCGUUUCUGGAACCUUCUGUCCCCUCAUCUUUGGUACCUCCUUCCCUCUAGCCAGAUGACACAUGUCCUCUCCACUGUUCCAUUGUCAGAUUGUUAGUCCUAAGGAGGAAUGUCCAUAGCAGCUCACACGGGUCUUUGUGGAACUUCAAGAUCUUCCUCUGGAACAGGCACUGGUGGAACAAGAGGACACACUGUCCCUGCUGGAUGCCCCAAACCCUCUUUGGGAAGAGCCUAAAAAUGACUUGCUAUUACUUUUAAUCACAGCUGAAAGUGUGAAACUGGAGACAGUCACAGUCAUGUACCAGGUCUUUGUACCUGAAUCCUUAAUAUCAAAACCAUUACAGAUACUCCUGGAAGCCAGCAGUCAACUUCAAGUAGUUCACAGUGGGCUGGAGCCCUUCAAAUCUCACAGAUAGCCUGUGAAUGGGUAGAUUUGGCCUCUCUCUACAGGAAUGUGGUGUUAAACAUUAGGGACACUCCAAACUAAGACUGAAAUGACAUGGGCCUCAGGAUCCCAAAGACUGCAUCAAUAGUACUCUACCCCAGAGUCCGCUCUUUAACAUCCUGUCCUCUCACAAGUGACUGAAGUCAUUUCCCUCCCCUGUCCUCUGCCUCUUCACUGGCUUCCCUGGGAAAUUAGUGUGGACUCUGAUUUGGGAGCUAGAAGGCAGAAGGAAAGCAGACAACCUUGAUGUCUGUCCAUAGUGGCCAUAUGGACCCCAGAGGACACUCCAGGUAAUAUGAGGAGGCAUUAUACCACGUAUCUGUGUCCUCCACCUUUGACCCCCAACUCACAUUCCUACAUAGCCUUAAAUUCUGGGUUUGUUUUGUUUUGGCUUGGUUUUCUCCAGUGCCGAGGUGGCUUUGUCAGAUCGCAGACAUCAAGUGAGAGGAUGAGAAGGGGCUGCAUGUCCCACGUUCUGCACCACAAUGGGCUGCCCGCAAAGUGCCAUACAACGUCUAGGAUGCUGUGAAUAGCCCAGUUCUCAUGAAGUGCAUUUCUGUAUUUAAAGUUUUUUUGUUUUUUUUUUAAUCGGUACCGGGGAUCGAACUCACACCUGCCUGCUUGCAAGGCAGGUGCUUAUGCCACUGAGCUAAAUCCUGAGCCUCUUAAAGUUUUUUUUAAUGUACUUAGUGCUCUCAGUAAAAGGCAACUUUUACCCCAAUUUCCCAAAAGAAGAGAACUGAUAAGUUCUCACCAUAAGGCUGUUAGAGGCUUUGAGAAACAGACGAGUGUGGCUUGAAAGAAAUCUGCCAGAAAGAACAGAAAACAGUGACCUUGCGGUGAGUGAGGGGUGUCUCACACAGGACAGCCACCGCUGGCCAUGCUGUGACAUAAAGAGAAUGGCUCUGAUUGUGUUCUUGUGUCAUCCACCAGCUUGCUUCCCGUGGUCAGCCAUCUCUUUCUGCACUACCCGAUACAUUUCUAAACAGUUCGGUGGCUGGUUGUUUUGAGAGCAACUCAUGGAUAGCAGAGUCAAGGGAGACCUGAAGGAGGGCAGAGACGCAUGGAGAGCUUUAGGCUCUCCUCCGUGAAUCAGGCAGCUGUGGAGAGCGGCUGCAGGCCUAGGCAAGCAGAGGGUACUUGGCUGCUCUCCCUAGAUCCUCACAGUGCCACCACAGCGGGCAGAGCUCCUCCUUGCUCCCAUAGUCUCUUCUCUCAAGUUCCCCACACCCAAGCUUCUACCUUCAUACCUGAGAUACAAACUCCAGGAACAUCUUCAGCACAGCAGCCUUUGAGGAAAGCGGCCAUCACUAGUCUUCUUCAGCUGAAAUAUCGCCAGUGGCCUCCCCGCUCAAUCCCCAUAGUCAGGGCUUCCAGAAGCAGUGUGGGAGAGUGUGUGAACUGCAUUUACCAAAGUCCCCACCCCCGUGGUACAGGUACAGCACCAAGUCCUGUUCUAGGUCAAAGAACAAGGAUGGCUUUAACCUACAAAGGAGAUGGCAGUGCUUAACCAACUUUCCAGGACUCUUAUAGACCUCAGCCACCAUCUGGAGCAAAAAAGAGCCUAGUGUUGGGGAGCCCUGGACCCCAGUCUGUGCAUUUCAGUCUAUUUUGGGAGAAACUAGACCUAGUCAGUGCUCAGUGCUCAGUGAAACCUGGGAUUGGUGACCAAAGCGGGAGGUGAAGGCUUUAGGCAACAAAGCCAAAAGUAGUGGCACCACUAGCCUGGCACCACUGGGACCUAAAGAGGGACAGUAUAAUAGAUUCUGGAAGCUGCCUAGAGGGGACCCAUGGUCGCACUGUGGGGCAGGGUCUGUGUACAGUGUGUAGCUAAGCCAUUGUGGGGGAGGGAAGAGGAUCGCCGAUUGACUUUUCUGACUCUACCCUGCUUGUGGCAGGCCAUGAAGGGAAAGCAUUAUUGACCCUCAUGAGAUAGCUGUGCUGGCCUAGGACACUUCCUAGGACCCUGGUUCGUGCUGCCUCCAGGCCAAGCUCAAACAACUUUGAGAGCAGCUGGCUCGGGGCAGGGAGUUCUGACCGCUCAGGGUUACCAUCUCCUGUCCUCCCCAGAAGCCAACAGGACAUGAAGGUCUUAGGCUUCCUCUUGUCUGCCAUUACUGUUUGCCCUGAAUGCCCCCUCCCCAACCAUGAUGGCUCCCAGGCCCUCUAGGAUCCCAUCUGAAAAGAUGCAGGCCUACACAAGCUGGAGGCUGGGGGUGUGGGGUGAGUGGAUGGCUGAUGUGUACGCCUGUAGGCACUGCUCAGAAGCAAGGUUCAUGGGCCUGGGGCAGGCAGCAGUGGCCCAGCUCUAACCGAGUUUUGAGCCUUCUCCAAUUAUAUGUAAGUAUGGAAAAGCUAUCUUUCCAGAGAGGGGACAUAGCUUUUGUCAGUGUGCCAAAAAGCAUAACCCUCAGACAUAGCCCUGGCCAAGUACAGAGCCCUUCCCAUCCCACAGCUGGUUUUAGACUAGGUGGAACAGUAGGGGCUGCUGGCCAGCCCUCAGAGUCCUGGAAUAAGGCCUCUUUUCCAAAAGCCCCUCUUGAAAGAUUUCUCUGGUGCUGGUGCCUGGGGGCAGCAAAAAUCUGCCAGCUUGCAGGAAAUCUCAAGGCUACCUAGGAGGCCCCUUUUCUGUGGACUGGAGAGGGAAGACAGGACCGCUGGAGGACUGAGAGGAUGUGGGAAGUGGGCCCUCAGAGGCUGACUUUUGGUCCUUCCUGCUCCUUUGGGCAAAUCCUUUUGGUUUGCAUAUAGGCUCAGUGGUCUGGUUCAGUUCUGUCCAACUCUUUCUUGCCCUAGGCCCCAGGUGGGUGGAGGCCCCUUCCUGCUGGCCCUCUCCCAUCCUUUUCUCAAGACCUGCGCAAGCUCUGCCAGUCUGUGAGCCUUUCAGGAGCCUCAGCACCACUGGAAGACCCUAGGCUCUGAGAGGAGCCGCUAGCAGUGAGGAAUCUCAGGAUCCUUUCUGAGGAAGACCCCCAUAGCCACCAGGAAGGGAUGAGCACAAGCACAAUUUUGGGAGCUGGCUAUGGGAUCACAGGACAAUCAGCCCCCGCCAGAGCUGCCCCCAGGAGAGUCCCCACUUGAGGACUUGGAUCUCAAGGUGGUCCCUGGCACACACACUCUGUAUGUGGGCCACCUGAAUCCCCAGUUCUCAGUGCCUGUGCUUGCCUGCCUGCUGCAAGACACUUUGGAGCGGCUGGAGCUGCCUGUAAAACGGGAGCAUAUCCAGGUGGUAAAGCAACCGCGGAACACCUAUGCACUGGUACAGGUGGCCGCCCACAAGGCCACCCUGGCCUCCCUCCACUGGCGCCUGCAGAUGGCCUUGGAGGAACAGCUGAUCCUCAAGGAGCUGACAGCUCGCGGGAAGGAGCUGGUGUUGAGUGAGGGGUGGGGGCCCCUAAACCUCGGAGAGCAGGAGGACAGUGGCCCAAGCCCAGGCCCCAGCCCUAGUCCUCCCAUUCCAGGCUCCGGUGUCCCACUGCCAGCUUGGCGUGCAAAUUCUUCACCUAAUAGGCUGUGGGCCUGGCAGCGGCAGAUUUCCCAAAGCCGGCCUAAGGGUGUGUGCUCAGACAGCGCCAUCGUACACCAGGAGAUACUGGGCCAGGAGCAGCUCUUCCAGGGAGCCUUCCUGGGCAGCGAGACAAGGAACAUGGAAUUCAAGCGGGGAAGCGGGGAGUACUUGAACCUGGCUUUCAAACACCAUGUACAGCGCUAUGUGUGUGCCUUCCUCAACAGUGAGGGUGGCAGCCUGCUUGUGGGUGUUGAGAACAAUGGCCUGGUACAGGGCAUCCGCUGCAGCUACCGUGAGGAGGACCGUGCCCGUUUACUAGUGGAUUCUGUCCUGCAGGGCUUCAACAGGUCCAGGGCUGCCACUGACAGGUAUAGCCCUUCCAGAGCUGCCAUUGCUCUUGCCAAGGUCCUCCGCCUGACCGUGCACACCCCAAAGACCCAGAGUGAGCCACAGCUGUAUGAGACUGACCAGGGAGAGGUGUUCCUGUGGCGUGAGGGGAGCAUCCAGGGCCCACUGUCCAUCAGUGCCAUCCAGGAGUGGUACAGACAGAAGUGGACAGCAGAGCUGGCCAAGCUGGAGGUGAAGGUGAAGAUGCUGACAGAGGAGAAGGAGCAGCUUCAGCAGCAGCGACAGCAGCACCGGCCUGUCUGCACCUGCUGCAUCCUGUGA